CUGCUUGUGGUGGGAUUACGUCAGACUGAAUUUGGGUUGUUUGAAUCUUUCACAGCUUGCUCCGCUCUCUACCCUGGACUCAAACCUUCCCACAACUUCGGCGUGUAUCAGAACCAGUGCUUCUGGUCCGGCUCCUUCCGCACUCCACGGCUGAACUACAUGGCGGCCAAACAAGCCUGCCAGGAUGAGGGCGGCACUCUGGCCAUGAUUAAGGACGAAGCAACCCAAACCUUCCUGCGUGCCCAUCUGAGGAGCACUAGCGGCCAUAGACAGAGGAGCUAUUGGAUCGGCCUUGACGACCAAAACACCGAGGGAACCUUCCUCUGGAACGACGGGACCCCGCUGGGUGAUUAUGACAAGUUCCGUUCCGAUGCCCCGAACGAGUCACGCGACUGCGUCACUCUCUGGAGGAGUCGGAGGCGCGCUCGCUGGGACAUCAAGGACUGCAACACUCGCAGGCCGUACAUCUGCCAGCUGAGCGGCAACGGUGACAAGUAGGACGGUGACAAGCUGUGACGUCAUAACAUCGACAAAACGGAUCUAAAGAUGUUCUGGCAUCACCGAAACAUUCUGACAUCGGAGCAUCUUUCCAUCUGUUUUGGAAGCUGCUGAUGUAACAGGAUAGGCAAAGCUAAUUUCUGUCUCGUAAACGGUCGUCGCCUUUUUGAAUGGUCCUCGCCAUAUUGAUGACUAGUCUAUAACAUAUACAAGACAGUGUCUUAUCACUCUUGGGGGCUGACAAGGUUAGCUAAAACAUAAACGUAUCUAAGGCAACAUUUCAAUUACAAAUGUACAACUUACAUUGUAUUGUGUCCAAUGGUGACAAAUAUUCAAAAAAAUCAAAAGAGAGUGCAUCAACUCGGGUUCGAACACAAGUCAAAAAGCCUAACUCCUUAAAACAUCAACUAAGCCAAGAAACAUCACGAUUUGGGUAGACCUUUGUUAGACACAGCAACGAUUUUUUAAGGCUGCUGAACGACUGUUUACGAUACAGAAAUUAGCAGACCAAAUGCACGGACAACGACACAGAUUGUACACAUACGUUUGGCCACACCAAUUUAGUUUCUUGGUUUUCAGAUUCUGAAAGAGAUAUUGUCCUCUUUGUGAACUUUGGCAGAAGAAUGCCUUUUGGCCGAAAAUCAAGAAAGCCAAUUGGCGUGGCCAACGCCAACCGUCACAGGACCAAAAAAAAGACGGGAAACUAAAUGUACUUUCCUUCCCAUUUUCCUUUUUUUCUUGUUCUGUGACAUUUGUCUGCAGGUAUGUGCGACAAUGAGAAUAACGGUCAAAGUAGAAUAACUUCAUAGGAUCAACACACAUUUGUGUGGUGAACUUACUAAUAGACUUUUCUCUGGUCAUUAACUAAUUAAUGAUACUCAUAUUCAGACCUGUGCUGGUAGACUCGGAUACAAGUGCUUUAGACCACCACGUGCACAUACAACCACCACAGGUCCUUUCAUUACCCCAUACCAUCAGAGAGUGGAAGGAUUAUAACUGGUGUGGCCAAGACGGGGUCCCUGUUUCCCAGAACAAAAAUGAGUAGACAAGUAAUGUUACGUAUGUUUGGAAAUAUUACUUACACACUAAAUCCACCUGUCUUGUACUUUGCACAUGCAAGAUUCCGUUGCCUUGCUUAUUUGCAUUUAAUUUGGUCUGUACCCAACACAAACUGCUAAUGAUCAGGGUUACUGAGGAUAGAAUAAGAUGUGCUUUGUGUAUUGAAACUGUUUGGAUUUAGUUCGUGCUGAAAACAAUUAUUUGUAUCAGACUUGUAUACUCCAUUCCAGGUCACCGAGAAGGUUUUUAACUAAUAUUUGUAAUUUACAUUUGAAUUACGAGUAUUUUGAAAACAAGGUUAUCUAAGACACAUCAGUUCUAAAUUGAAGAAAAAUUCAUAUGAAAAUUUGAAUCUGUUUAUUUCAUUUUGAAACAUUUCAAAAUUAACUGUACGAAAAUCUUUAUUUGGAAUAGCUGUGAAACGUCUUUAUCAUAUUUUCACUUUUAGAAAUAUUUACAAAUAUUUGAAGCAUUUUCCAUAAGUUUUACAAAACUGGAGCAAUAUCUAGAAAUUCCAAAUAUGUCAUAUUUCUUCUACUUAUAAUUACAGAGAAUCGGAAACAUUUGAAAAAAGAUGACAAUGAAACCCUCUCAGUGACUUAGAAUUACUAAUGGUCAUACAUAUUAUAAUAUUUAGACCUGCAUACUUUUUUUUCAAACUUUAUUUUACUUAUAGAUGUAAGUCAAGGGGAACAGCUUUUCUGCGCAAUGCCAUGAACAAUUUGCCUGUGUGCAUUUGUUUCACACACAAAUUUCAAACUUUUCAAGAAAAUUUCAAGAUCUUAAGUGUAAAACUACAAAAAGUUUUCAAAACUCUUGGGUAUCAGUUAAUCUUCACACAAUUUUUUCAUGCGCACAAAACUCCAUCCCAUUUAAGUGUUUUGUGCUUAGAAACUGUUUAAUCUAACGUUCUUUGAUUCUGAAACAUAGGUCAUAAUUUUGUUUUGUUAACAUGAGGUUGUGGAAUUAGAAAUGUUUUGAUGGAAUACAUUUAAAGGGGCAUUCCACUCCAGAAGCGAGUGUUAUUUUCUGAUAGAUGAUAUUUUUUGGGAUACAAAUGCACUCGACUUUUUGCAAAGUUACCUGAUUUGCCUUUUAGACAAUAUUCUUUUCUAAAUUAGAGCACCCCAUGCGGACCCGCUUCUAAUGUACUGCGCCGUAUAUGAGUUCGCGACUUCCGUCACACCUUCUCGCUAACGGUAGUCGGGAUAAGCUUGACAAAGCAGUCAAGUGAUAAUCACACAUGUAGGGAAAUACAAAAAAA